AUGCAGUUGGAAUUUUUUGGUUUAGUUCUCAUUCUAAAUAUCGUGAAUUCAAAGGCAGACAUUCCCAAUUGCAAAUACUUCGAUACGAUCGAUAUAUCACAAUCUGAAAGAAAACAAAACGAUUUUUAUGAUUAUGAUGGUAUGAAUAUUUCUGCAGCCCUAACUGGGGAAUAUAGCUACAUUUUGGGGCCGCGGAGCUUUAACAGAUCGGUGAAGCCCCAUUUAAGAGCCUGUGUUUGCAACCAAUGGCCCUGCGUCCGGUUUUGCUGCCUCAGAAAGAACUUGUUGGCCAACGGAGAGUGCGACGAUGGCCUGAAGGAGGAGAUUGCCAAGGCCGAUCCCUUUCUAUAUGUGCGGUCCGCGGAUCUUAAGUUGACAACGCCGUAUCAUCUUAAAGAACUGUUUAUUAUAAGAGAGCGGUUUUGGGCCUGUGACGAGCUGAUCAAUCUAAGAGAUGACCAGUACAUAUUGUUUAGGGACGGAGGAAUAUAUAUCCCUUCUUCGAGGGAGUUUCUGGACAGGGCGAACUACUGCUUCUAUCCAACUCGGAUUGAUUCGAACUUCUCAAAGUCCAUUUGGAUAGUACACCAUCGAUGCUCAAAGGGAUGGCCUCCAGCACUACGGGAGCUCAUGGUGAUUUCUCUGAUAUGUUUUCUCCUUACCAUCGCCGUUUAUCUUUAUGUUAAGAAGCUCCUGAAUGCGAUAGGCAAGUGCCUAGUCUGCAGCAUAUUCUGUGGAUUCCUAAUGUAUCUCACCAUGGUUCUCGAUGAUUUCAGCUUGUUAAAGAAUAUAUGCUCUUUAGCAGGUCAGUGGAAGUAA